AUGGCAGCAGACCCGUCAAGAGACCCGGGUGGUCAGAACCAUGAGAACAAGGAGCGUGACUCGUCAGGCGCGGGCAGAGAUCAUUUGACCGCAAAUGGAGAAUCAAUACAAGAUACGGCAGCAAUGCACGUGGCGAAUCCUCCCGCCAACGAUACGUCCAAGGUCCGCUUCUCGAUCGAACUUCCUCGAGACACAGAGGAGGAUAACAGACUGAGGGAGGUCAACACUUCUGCUCGUCCGCCUCCUGGCAUACUUAAGAGCCCCUCUGUGGGCCGCAACCGAGGGUACUCCCUCAGACGUUCGCUUUUCACCCAGAAUAUUCAGAAGCAGGCUUCGGAUAAUGGAAGUACAUUUGAGAUGGACCCUUCAAAGGCUGCUGCCGACUCCCAAAAGAUUGACUCCCGCCCGACCACAAUCACUGUUGAAGAGGCAGAAGAAGAACCCGUGACGCCCUCAACCAGACCCGUUCGACUGUCGGACUCGGACCUCGAGCUCCCGCUAUAUCGACGAUGGAUGUCUAAACACAAUUCGCGAACGACCGUGCUCAAGCGGCUCGCAGAAAGAUACCGCAUGUUACGGGACAAAUUCAUUCAAGCCCACACGAUUCCGCCCAGUCUGGAUGGAAGACAUAUCAGAGUGAACGUGGUAGAGGCCGAUCACGCCCUUGACGAGAGGACUGGAAAGCCCUACAUCAGCAACGUCAUCCGCUCUUGUCGCUACACGCCCUGGAACUUCGUCCCAAAACAGCUCUACGCCCAAUUUGGAAAGCUUGCGAACUUCUACUUUCUGUGCGUCUCUAUCCUUCAAAUGAUACCUGGUCUGAGUACCACGGGCACGUACACCACCAUAAUCCCACUACUCAUUUUUGUUGCCCUGUCCAUGGCCAAAGAAGGAUAUGACGAUAUCAGGAGACAUCGCCUGGACAAGGAGGAAAAUGAAAACACCACGCAGGUUCUUAGGGUUGCUCGAUCUGGCUCCGCUCAUACGGAAUGGCAAGAGAAGCAAUGGAGUGAAGUCCGCGUUGGCGAUAUCGUACUGUUGAAGAGAGAUGCUGGAAUUCCGGCCGAUUUGAUACUUCUCCACACCGACGAGCCCACGGACACUGCUUACGUCGAAACGAAAAGCCUUGAUGGAGAGACGAAUCUCAAGUCCAAGAAGCCUGUCGCCGAAGUGAGUGCAGCUUGUCAGGAUCCUGAUGCCAUCGCCAGACUCCCUGCCGAAUUCGUGGUCGAGGACCCGAACCUUGAUCUCUACAAAUUCGAGGGAAGGGUAACAAUCAAUGGAACAACACUACCACUGACCAAUUCGGAGAUCUUGUAUCGUGGUAGCGUGCUGCGCAACACUCCCUCUGCGGUUGGCCUGGCCAUCUAUUCGGGCGAAGAAUGCAAAAUUCGCAUGAAUGCCAACAAGACUCCUCGCAUCAAGGCACCGACCUUGCAGGCUAAGGUCAACAGAGUCGUCAUUUUCGUGGCAUCGCUUGUCAUCUUCAUGGCUAUAAUUCUGACGGUGGCCUAUCAGAUCUGGCGUCGGACGACUGAGGAGAAGUCGUGGUACCUCCAGGAUGCGAAAGUGCCUUUUGGUCAUGUCCUGACCUCCUUCAUCAUAAUGCUGAACACGAUGUUACCUCUGAGCUUGUACGUGUCACUUGAGAUUGUCAAGCUGGCCCAGAUGUUCUUGAUGAACGAUGUGGACAUGUACGAUCCCGAAUCAGACACCCCCAUGGAACCGCACACCUCGACAAUCAAUGAAGAGCUUGGGCAGGUCAGCUAUAUCUUCUCUGACAAGACUGGGACGCUCACCAACAACUCGAUGAAGUUUCGCAAAAUGAGCAUCGUUGGCACAGCGUGGCUGCACGACCUUGACCUACACGAUGAAGCUGCAGAUGAAGCUGGCCGUGAGAAGCUCUGGCACAAAAAGCGAGGCGGCAAAGGAAAACAACCUCGUUCAGAGAAGAAGCAGAGGAUGUCUUUAUCUAGGGCUCUACGAAAAUCUACUGCAUCAACUAGUGCUGGGACUGACACACGGACUAAGCAUGCAUCCACUUCAGAAGAUACUCCGUGGAAGGCCUCAAACGGUCUCAAUAUGACUCUGGAAACAGGCAAGACACAAGAUCUGCUGGACUAUAUCUACCGGCGGCCAAAUACUGCCUUCGCACGGAAAGCACGAUUCUUUCUCCUUUCACUGGCUCUGUGCCACACUUGCAUUCCAGAGAAGGACGAUGAGGGCAACAUUGAAUAUCAGGCUGCUUCUCCGGAUGAAUUGGCGUUGGUGACAGCUGCGCAAGACCUGGAUUACAUUGUGACUGAUCGCCAUUCUAAUACGGUGACGAUCAAGACUUAUGCUGAAGGUGAUGAAGAGUUGCCCAUUUAUGAAACUUACGAAGUGCUGGACGUUGUUGAAUUUUCCAGCGCCAGAAAGCGAAUGUCAGUUGUUGUACGUUUUCCUGAUCAACGCAUCUGCCUCAUCAGUAAGGGCGCGGAUAGCACCAUUCGGAAGCUCCUGCGCUUGGCAGAUCUAGCAGCUUCGAAUGUGCAAGCUGUGGAAAGACGAGCCAGUCAGCGAAAAAGUGUUGAAGCCCAAGAAGCAUUGAGACGGCGCAGUACUCAAUUGAGUCGGACGUCAAGCUCCGGCUAUGCGACUUCUCCACGACCCAGCGGCUUCUCCUUCGACCGUUCACGGACUGCCCGUGACAGCAUUGAUCAUUGGUUGAGAGACCGUGAGAAGGAUGUGGGACCUUCCCAACGACGUCAAAGCUCUCAGUUCUACUCACCUCGACCCUCAAUGCAAAUUAUGUCUCGCAAGUCCGAAAGUUAUGUGGGGAGAGCACAAUACUCGCCUCAUAUCACGCCCCGUGCUUCAAUGCAAGUCGACGACUCGGCAGAUCUGGUUGAGGAAAGUCUUGUUCUAGACGAUAAUGCUGUGUUCGAACGCUGUUUCCAGCAUAUUGAUGACUUCGCGACGGAAGGCCUUCGAACACUCCUGUAUGCAUAUCGGUACCUGACCGAAGAUGAGUACAAAACAUGGAAACAAGUCUACAUGGCUGCGACGACAAGUAUCGUGGAUCGACAGGAAAAGAUCGAAGCUGCAGCAGAAAUGCUCGAGACGAAAUUGGAGUUGCUUGGAGCCACCGCAAUCGAGGACAAACUUCAGAAAGGGGUUCCUGAUGCUAUUGAUCGGCUACGCAGGGCCGGCAUCAAGAUGUGGAUGCUUACCGGUGAUAAGCGAGAGACCGCCAUUAACAUUGGCCACUCGUGUCGGUUGAUCAAGGAUUAUUCUGCUGUCAUCGUCCUGGACCAUGAGCUUGGAGAUCUGCACGACCGAAUGGCGCAGGCAUUUGUCCAGAUUGACAACGAGAAAACGGCACAUUCGGUCUUAGUUGUCGAUGGACAAACUCUGAAUAUGAUUGACGCAGACCGUGCGACGAGGGCGCUCUUCACCGAUGUGGCGAUCCGUGCCGACUCUGUAGUCUGCUGCCGAGCGUCCCCCAGUCAGAAGGCUUCUCUAGUCAAGACCAUCAGGACCAAGAUCAAAGGCUCUGUAACCUUGGCUAUUGGAGAUGGGGCCAACGAUAUUGCCAUGAUCCAAGAAGCUCACCUGGGAAUUGGAAUUGCAGGUAAGGAGGGUCUCCAGGCUGCGCGAACUUCCGACUAUUCGAUUGCUCAAUUCCGUUUCCUGUUGAAAUUGCUGCUCGUGCAUGGACGCUGGAAUUAUGUUCGAAUCUGCAAGUACCUUCUCGGUACUUUGUGGAAGGAAAUGAUGUUCUACAACGCUCAAGCCUUGUACCAGCGAUGGAACGGGUACACCGGUACUAGCUUGUACGAGCCGUGGAGUUUGUCCAUGUUCAACACCCUAUUCACGUCCCUCCCGGUGAUCUUUAUGGGCGUCUUCGAGAAGGAUUUGGCGGCGUCCACGCUGCUCGCGGUGCCGGAAUUGUACAACUUUGGUCAACGAGAUCGCGGAUUCAACUUCUGGGUCUAUCUGAGGUGGUCUACUCUUGCGGUAUGUGAAGCCGUUCUUGUUUACUUCAUGAUCUACGGUAUCUACGGCCUCGCCUGGUUUACCCGAGACCAAGAGCUCUACGCCUUCGGGUCCCUGGUCUUCACUGCCUGUAUCGUGAUCAUCUCUUUGAAAUUGCAGUUUAUCGAACUGCACAACAAGUCGGUGGCUGCGGCGAUUGCGAUCUUUUUGUCAGUGGGCGGGUGGUGGGUGUGGAACCUUCUUCUGUCCGGCAUAUACCCUUUCAACUCUGUGUACUAUGUCAACCACGGCCUGCUGGAGGGCUUCGGACGCAAUCUUCUCUGGUGGAUCACACUGCUGUGGACCAUCUCGGCGGUUUGUCUGCUCGAAGUGACCAUCAAAGCAGUCAGCGCGGCAAUCUGGCCCAGCGACGUGGACGUCUUUCAGGGAUUCGAGCAAGAUAGAGAGGUUCGCAAGCGCUUUGAAGAGGCUGCGGCAGAUCUCCUGCAACAGGGCUGGGACAGAGGGACGAAGAAGUCGAGUCUGGAGCUGGCCCGAGAAGCAGCUGAACAAGCGGAACGGGAGGCACAAGUCGAAGAACUACUAAAGAAGCCUCGAGACAUGACGGACAGGCGAAGGCCGAAGAUGAAGAGGGAUAACUCGGGACUCAGCACCAAAGCAGAACCCAGUCCGAAGAGACCACAGAAUCACAGAGAAGGAAGCAGUCACGAAAUGAGCGAGGUUCAGCUGUCGCAGCAGCGGAAGUCGAUCGAUAUUGGCGAAUUAUUCAGCAAGGGCUUUGGGGCCGUAUGCCGGAGCCAGGAGUUACUACGAUAG